UUCAAGGCCAGCCUGGGUAAAAAAGACUCUGAAGGUGUAUUCAUGUAAUAAUGCCCCUCCCCAAGGGCGGAGUCUCAGACCUGGCCGCUCCCACAGACGUAUUCCUUCUUCAAAUAUUGACCCAGCCUCACUGCUAACCUGGAUAAAGUCCAGCCGCCAUGACUUGGUUAGCACCACCCACAGUAACAUUUGGCUCGAAGAGUCCCAGGCGCCUGGCCCUCCACAUCCCCACCAGGUGCACUUUGAUCGGGCGGUGCCGCUCUUUUUUCUAGGAAUGGCUGCAAAGGGAAGUGGUUGAACCUUUGGAGCACGAGGGGUGUGGUCCCCCGUGGGGAGAGCCUCUGGUCAUACCAAGGUGUGUCGCCUUGAGGGUGGCUGUUGCGUCACAAAUCUGGGCAUAAAGUUAAACCUGAGCCCACAGAUGUCUAGAUGUUUCAACAUCCCAGAGGUGCGGGGCUCCCUAGGCCUAUUUCGUGGACUGAGGACGGGGCCAGAUUCUCAAAGGUUCCCAGAGGGGAGGGACAUUUAGUAUUAAUCACGCGGCUUGGGGAGGGUCUAUCUUAGGUCCCUGGGGGUCGAAACCAACUUAAAUUAACCGGACCAGAGGCAGAAUAAGGUCUUCUGAAGUUUCCAGAGGGGUGGGUCGUAUGUGUCAACCCCUGGACUGGGGAUAGGAGCAAGACCCGUACCCCACAACCAGACUCAGGUAAAACCACUGAACCUUGGCGAGGCCAGGGUAAGGCCAACGAGACGCGGGGCAUAUGUAAAUCAUUCAGGUGGGUUGGGGCCAAGGUAAGCCACGCUGCCGGAACAGGACUUGGCAUGGGGCAGGAGCAGGAGUCACUUUGCUGAUAGUGAGGGAUCGGAUGUAGGUCAAUGGUAUGGGGACUACACUCUUUAAGGCCGGUCGAGGGCGGGGCAGGAUACCUGAAACACAGCCCCCACCUCCACCCCCACCCCCGCCGCAACACACACAAAGGGCGGUGUACGUGUAAAUCUUGUGCUGCGGGGUGGUAGUGGGAGGAGGAAGGGCAGGCUCCCUAGAGGUCCUGAGAGAGGGACUGGGUACAAGCAAAGCAUUUGGUUGCAGAGGGCCGCGAUCUCGCAGCCCCGCCCCAACCUCAGGGGUAAACUGUAUGUGAAUCAGCUGGCUGGAGAGGAGGCCUUGCUCCAAGGCUCCCUGGAUGCUCUGAAAGCGGCGGAGUACAUGCACAAGUAUUCGCAAGGGGUGGAAACUGUCUCGCCAAGACCCAGAAAGGGAGGAGCACAUAUAAAAUGGUUGGAUGGGAUGGAACCUGCCUCGCCUGAGUGCCUGGGAGGAUCUGCACACUAGUUAAUGGGCUGGUUGGGCCGGGCUAGGCUCGCCAAGGCCCCCGAGGGGCGGGACACAUGUAGCUCAUCUGGGGCGGGGCAAGACCGGGUUCCCAGGGAAUCAGAGGCCGGCUACAUGUAAAUAAGCUGGGCGGGCAGGGCCGGGAGCGCCGGAGCCAGUGGGACACUCCGAGGUCGGGCCUAGGCUAUCGGCCUCCCUCUGGGUGAGGCAGGCGGGGCUCCUGGUGCCACAGUUGGGGCUCAGCGGCGGUGGACGGAGGCUGCCCGGGGUGCUGCGGUACCAUGGAGGCCGUGGCCGAUUCCUCCGAGGGCCCCCCGGCCUGCCGCUUCUUCCUAGAGGGCCGCUGUCGCUUCGGCGCGCGCUGCCGCCAGCCACACCCCGGGGCCCCAGCGCCAACCCCCGAGGUCGCGCGGCCCGAGGCCGGGUCCAAGAAGCCGGCGCUGCGCACUGCCGCUGACGUCAUCCAGCGCAUCCGCUGGGACCCGCGCCUGGACCCCGCCGACUUUUCGGUGGGCUACACCGACCGCUUCCUGGGCGUGCAGGAAGAGCCCUUCUGCGCCUUCUGCUGGGACGAACCGCUGGCAGCGCUCGGGCCCGGCGUGUUGGCGGUACCGCAGCACCGCAUCCGCUACUUCCGCUUCCGAGGCCGCCUAGUGUGGGACCGUGCCUCUCGUACUGACCUCAUUUUUGGCUCGGGUUCUGUGACUGGACGGGGACCCACCAUCCUGGACGCGCUGGACGGCGGGGACGAGUACUGGCCAGAGGUUGCACUAGAGAUCCCUGACACAGAGAAGACAGGGGCAGCUUCCGAGGUUCAGGACACCCAGGACGCUUCUAGGGAAGAGGAUGGAAAGGCAAGAACUGGGCUUGGUUCGGGCUUGGAAACAGCCAAAGAGGGCGGGGCAACCAAAGAGAGCAGAACUGAGCUUGAUUCGGGCCUGGAGACACCCAAAGAGGGCGGGGCAACCAAAGAGAGCAGAACUGAGCCUAGAGGGACGGCAGAGUCAGGAACACCAGACCCGAGGGAAUGCUUCACAGGACUAAAGAUCUUGAACUCACUAGAGGCACCUGGAGCCACACUGCUUCCACGGUGGCAGGCACAGGCCAUGGAAGCUCCAGGGCUUUCUGCUGAACAGAUGGAAAGUGAGUGGGUUCCAGGAGCUUGGCCUGAUGAAAGGAACCCCCCUCGACAGCCCCGGCCCACACAUUUUGUGGCAAUGAUGGUAACAGAGCCUGGGCUGAAGGCGGAAGUGGUCAAGGCCCAAGAGCAUCUGGUCCGGAUUGCCCCUUCUUGUGCGGCUUUCCUUGUACCUGCGCAGGCCCUGCACCUGACAGUGGCCUUGCUGAGGCUGACAGGCCCUGGGGAGGAGGCCGCAGCAGCUGGGGCUCUGCGGAGGGCCCUCCUGAAACCAGGGCUUCAGGCACCCUCUGAGCUGCAGUUCAAGGACUUGGUUCUUCUGGGCCAUCAUGUGCUCUGUGCCACACCCUCCCCCACACUGGCAGGCAUGGCCCAAACUCUGAAUCAGAGGCUAGAAGCUGAAGGGCUGAGAGUGGUGUGGCCCCCAGGGGGACUACAGCCACACCUCACCCUGGCCAAGGUGCCACACGGAUCCCAGGUUUGCAUCCCUGAGCCUGGGUCAAUCCUGAACCAGGAGCUGGGGAGGCAGCCCCUAGGGAAACUCUGGCUGUGCCGUAUGGGCAGAGUAGGGCAUAGCUACCUGGCCCUGGCUGAGAUUCCCCUAAAGUGACCAAGGCUCCAAACUCUGAAGAAACAAGCCAAAUAGAAACAAGUUCUCUCUC